AUGAAGCUAUUCAAUCAAAGAGACACGCGUCAUGCUGAAGGUGCGAACUGUCGCGGCGUUUUACUUAAUACUUUACAGAAGAAAACUAUUGACAAAACCAGCAACGUCGCGCAAAAGGCGGCACAGGAAGCGAAGGCCGCAUCCGAAGCGCAAAAUAUCGCUGGCCAGCAAGCAGCGCGUCAGGUGAAGGCUCAAUUGGCGGAGAAGGCGGUUCAAGCUGCAAAAGCCGCUAAGGCAGCCUUAUCGGGUAAGGAAGCGAUGGUCGAACAGCUGCGGGAGGAAGUGAAGGAGGCACAAUCGGUGGUUCAAGAAGAAACAUCUUCCUUGCAACAGGCGCAAGUUAACGCCAAUGCCGCGGUUCAAGCGGCACAACAGUCACAAGAUCAGCUGAAGACUUUGGCGAAUGUAGUACGUACAGCCAAAUCGAAUGCUGCCAAUGCACAAGCAGCCGCGAGCGGAGCACAGAAAUCAUUGCGAGAAAAAAAAGAAUUGCUGGAAGCCGCCAAAAGGCGAGUGGACGAGUUAUCGAACCAACUGCAAAACGCCCGACAAGAUCUCGCGAACACGAAUCGUGAAGCAGCCAAAGCCAGCGCUGCUGCACAGGAAGCGAAGGCAAACGCCGCUAGGAAUAAAAGAAGAUUGGCGCAUCUCAGAAAAAUUCGUGCAACACGUCUGGGUGUAGCGCGAGCUUCUUGAAACACCUCGCACAUCGUGAGACUUGUUAAAUUGUCAAUUAUUCUAGCGAGACUAAGAGUAAAAGUUGUCUAAUGUAGCCGUUAUCUGAUAGACAACAGUAGACGAAAAAUUCUUUGUACGUUAUUUUUCAAAAUAAUAAUAAUAAUAAUUGUAUGCCUAUAAUAUGUGAUAUUGAGCAAUGUAAUAUAAGAUUCUAUAAUUAAU